CUUUUUUCGAGUGUUUUGCUGUAUGAUUGUCCACAGAUUUGGUCAGCAUCUGUACAUAUGCACAACGACAUCAAGAAUAAGGCCCAGAAGGUGGUGCGACAGCUCUAUGGCCUUACUGCUUUGUCUGUCCAGCGACAGAAGCUUGCAGCCCAAUGGCUUCUCAGGACUCACUUCAUCAAGGGCCAGGGCUGUAAAUAUGAAGUUCCCAAGUUUGUCUUUGGUGAAAUCAAUAUGGUCUGGUACAAGGAGACACUGGAUACUAAAGUUAGCAUUGAAUCACUGUGCUGACUUGCAUAUUUAUUGGAACCUUUCUUAGAACAGCCAUGUCAAGCUGGAGCU